AUGCUCCGCGACGAGCUUCUUCGGUCUAAAAAUGAUGAGAUCGCAACUUGUUUGUCGCGCAGAAAGCGCAAGCUCAGCGCAUUGUAUCUAGCCACGGUCGGGUUUGGCGCGACCGAGGACCCUCAAUACCACCAGCAAGAACAAACCUUCCUCGACGCCAAUGAUCUUUCAAAAGGUCGCUAUUUCAAUGAAGCUACUCUUCCACCACCAGUCCAUGCGCGCGCGCGUUCACCUAAUAAAAAUGCUCCGACAGUCUUGAAGCCUGUUGGGGCAACCUCACCCACUGAAGUUCCGCCUGCGACUGAGCCUCAACAGCGCGCAACACCUAAUCUCCAACCUAUUUCAACUGAUGCGACUGGACCCCGUCGAUCAUCUGUUCAAGCUAGCCCUCAGCCACAGGAUAUAGAAGUACCACUAUCUGCAGCGCAGUCACCCAGCUCACCCCGUGUUCACCGGAAUGGCAGUGUCCCCGUGCUGGAAACACCACUUAAUACAAACCAUGAUGGAACUCAGACGAUAUCCCCUGACGUGUCAAAGACAUCUACGGGCAGUGCCCCCUCUUUGGAGAUCCCACACGACCCUCGAAAGAAACACGAGAAACGACCUUCUCUUACCUUAGGACUCUCUCACGAUCACCCACCAUCUCCCGCCUCCUCAAUCGAUCCAUACAAUAAUAACACACCUGCGCCAAUUGCUGCAUCGCCCGACACAAGUCCUGCGGAAGAGGUCGCCGAGGAUGCCGGGACAAUUGAUCGUUCGAGAUACAAACAUGACCGAUCGGUUCAUGCGCGAUCGAGUCUUGUUCCGUCGACCCCAGAUGAGCAAUUACGGCUUGAAGAAGCUCAAUCGACACAGAAAGACGAAUCCACAAAUGGCGCGAGUGGCCUGGCUCCAUCAAAGGAGAAGGAGGAGAACAUGGAACAAGUAGACGACACAGAUCGAAUGGAUAUCGACCAGGAACCUGCCCCGGAUCAUUCCGAAGACAAACCGCAACAGGAAAUUGCGCCAACAGCGGGAGAAUCAUUAUCACCAACGGCGCCUGUUGAAGCUACUGCGGAUUCCACCUUAGAGACUCCGGCCAAGAAGUCCGUGUCCAUCCCAUCUACCCAACCUGGAUCAGCACAACCGGAACGCAUGACCACUCGGGUUUCCUCGGGAGCUCUUCGACACAAAUCAGUUUCAGAAAUCCUCGGAGAAACCCCUAAGAGUCAUGACAAAAGCCAUCCCGCAACACCGUCUGAACAAGGCUCUCCUGAUAUCGUUGCCAGAAUGCGCUUCAAGGACCGCAAGGAACGGGAGAAGGAGAGAAGCCGACUUUCAACCGUUGUGUUUCCGAAGCAGCCAGCUUCCCAGCAGGAUAAGGCCGAUGCUAUGGAUUUGACGCACAGAGACAUGGAUGCGGUUGCGAAGCUGAAUGAGGAGCAAGACUACCUUUUCACAUUGUUCCUGAACCGAGCAUACGCACCUCCCCGAGGCACAAAUCUUAACACACUUUUGGCAUCUGCCCACAAGACCUUGAGCACCGGCAAUCACCUGCUUGAAUACCAAGAGCAGAUGGAUGUUCGUACACUCAGACGCAUCUACGCUCUCCAGAACGCAAACCGAUGGCCGUUGCGGCAAUUGAAGCGUUCUGUUGAGCCUCCUCGUCAAGGUACACAUUGGGAUGUUGUGCUAGAUCACGCGAAAUGGAUGCGGACAGACUUCCGGGAGGAGCGGAAGUGGAAGAUUGCUGCUGCAAAGAGCUGCGCCGACUGGUGUGCAGAAUAUGUGCAUAGCGACGAAGAGCAUAGGAGUGUACUUCGUGUUCAAGUGAAGAUUCCGAGUCCAGACUUGACCGAAAAGGAUGCCUCUAAGGCCGUCCCAAGCCUACCUUCUGAGGACACUAGCGACGAGUCGUUUGGUGGUGUUUCUCAUCCAACCCCAGAUCUGAUUCCCUCCGCAGAAGAGGAGUCUGUAAGUGAUGGUUUCAACGACGAGCCUCGACAUGAGCUCCACGACACUGUUGCGCCUGCCGCCAUCUUUUCCUUAGGCUCGGACGAGUUCAACUUCUCAAUUGACAUGACCCCUGCUGCUGAAAAGCUGUUGGAUGAAUUGCCAAUCUAUGGAACAGUCCAGAUUGCCCCCGGAACAAACCUACCGGCCUUUAAAGCUCCGCUCGAUUCAACUUGGAAGACAGACCUUCUGCCGGUAUCCAAGUUUGCGUCAACAAAGAUCAGCUUCCAUAAUGAUGCGCGACCACGCAAGCGGAGCCGCUACGACUGCUCUCAGUAUGGCAAGGAAACUGAUCAUCGGAUCACCGAAUUGGCCCCUGAGCAGACCAAUGUUGCGCUCUUCCGACCAGAGAACAAACCAAUUCGUGAUCGAAUCCACCCAGGACAUUCAUUCCGCCCUCCAACUGAAUACCCCAUGCCAUCUGUCGGCUUCUUCGAAUCCCGUUCGUCCUCGCAAUGGACUUACGCCGAGGACGAUGAACUUCGUCGGUUGGUCAAGGAGUAUUCUUACAAUUGGUCUCUGAUAUCUAGCUGUCUGACCCCGUCAUCACUGUUCACUUCUGGCGCCGAAAGACGGACGCCUUGGGAAUGCUUUGAGCGAUGGGUCGGAUUGGAAGGUCUUCCCGCGGAUAUGUCCAAGACUCAAUAUUUCCGAGCUUACCACCAGAGGCUUGAGACUGCCCAACGUACUGUUUUGGCCCAGCAGCAGGCUGCUCAGCAACAGCAGCAACAACAGCAGCAGCAGCAAGGUGCCAAUGCUCAACCUCAGCCACCUGUACGCCGGAGGACAACACAGCCUCUUCGGGUUGAUCGGAGACGGUCGUCCAAGCAUCUUGCUUUGCUCGAUGCCAUGCGCAAGCUGGCCAAGAAGCGGGAGACUAUGCUUCAGAAACAGCAGCAUGCUUCUCAUCUGGCUUCGUUGCGCAAGGCUAAUGAGGCUAACCAGCCUAAGCCUCCAAUCUCAUCUCCAGCCGAGUUCAGUCGGUUGAAGUAUGAUAGAGAGAUGAAGCUCCAGGAAAGACAGGAGCAGUACCGCCAGCAAAUGAUUGCGCAACAAAGAGCUAGUCUCCAGGCUCAACGUUCCGGUCAAUUGCCUAACCAAACGCAGGCUAUGAAUCAGCAAACGAUGAAUGUGCCGGGUCGCCCCAACAGCAACAUGCCUCCUACCUCCAACCCUGGCCUACCAGGUGGUACUCCAAAUGGAUUGACUAAUGGUUUACCUGCUGGCUCCAAUGUCAACCAAGGCCGCCCUCUUCCCAUGCAGAAUAUGCCUGGAGGAGCACAGCCCAAUGGCCAGAUGCCUAAUGGCAUGCCUAUGAAGAUGAUGCCACAGGCCCAAAUGCAGCAAACCCCAGGUGCAAGACCUGGCCUGCCAAUUCAGACGUCUCCUGAUAACACACGCGUCAUUCGAGAAGCCAACAGAUUGCAAGAGCAGCAACGUCUUCUCCAGUCUCGGCAGGGCCAGCCUCACCCCCAGCAGGGCCAGCAACAGUUCCACAAUCAACAGUUUGGUUCGCAGGGUUCACCAAAUAUGAACAUGCCAAAUGUCAAUGGUACUCCCAACAAUCCUGCUAUGAUCGCCGCCAUGCAGAACCAAGGGGGAAUGCAAAGCCCAUCGUUCCAUGGUAACACGCCACAAGGAGUGUCAACACCAUCGCCCCGUAUGGGCCAGCCUAACCCUCUGUCAAGUGGUGUUGUGCCCCAAAUCAGCACCAUUCAAAGCCAGAUUCAGCGCACAAACCCCAACUUGCCCCCUGAGCAGGUGACCAAGUUGGCGACUGAUCGACUAAACCAGUACCAGCAGCAGCAACAGCAGCGCUUGUCCCAACAAGCUGCCAUGAACGCCGCUGCUGGCAGCAUCAACGCGAAUGCUGUGCAGGCCAACUACCAAGUUCCACAUGACGCCAACUUCCAGACCCCGUCAGCGCCCAAUAUGGCAAAUGGCGGUUCCGGAAUGCAGGUCCCUCAAAAUCAAGGCUUCUCCCCCAUGAUGCGUGUCCCCCAACCAGGUCAAGCAAACCGCGUCGGACCGACCAGCUCGCCCGCCCUAAACGGAGCCGUGAACCAACCUAGCCGAAGCGCCACUCCUCAAAACCAGCGCAGCGGCAGCGCCCAAGCCGGGCCCGCUCAAGGCUCCAGCAAGAGCCCGCACGCUGCGGCAGCCCAAACCGCAACCAGCUAA